AAGGGAGGUGCCGGAUUAUGUGGCCUGAUGACCGUCUCAGAACUGAAACGCACCCGUUGCUGCGGCUGAGUGGGUCAGCAAGCUUGGGGGAGGUUCUGGCAACCUUGCAGCCAUGCGUUGCAGAUUGGUCCCGGCGGCCGCAGCUGGCCACCCAAGUUCUGUCGCGCCUGGCGCGGAGGGCCGACGUGGUGCUGGCGCGGCAGCUGCUGGUCGCGAUGCGCCAGGCACACCUGGAGGUGAAUGUGAUCCACUACAACGCCGCAAUCAACGCGUGUCACAUGUGCCACAACGGUGACAUGGCUCUCGGCUUGCUGCAGUCCAUGGGCGAAGCCACCAUCCACCCAGAUACCACUUCCUACAACACAGCCAUCAGCGCCUGCGAGAAGGAGGGUCGCUGGCAGCUUGCGCUGGCGCUCCUCUGGGAAUCCGUCCGCCGGCAGUUGGUGCCGGAUAUCAUCAGCUACAACAGCACCAUCAGCGCCUGUGAGAAGGAUGGGCAAUGGCAACAGGCGCUGCAUUUGCUCCACACUAUGUCAACCCAGCUCCAACCUGAUGUGGUCAGCUUCAGCGCCUCGCUGAGCACCUGCGCACGCGCAAGCCGCUGGCAGCUGGCUUUGCAACACCUCCGCUGGAUGCAGCGAGCCCAGGUGUGUCCGAACGUGGUCACCUUCAGCGCCUCGAUCACUGCGUGCCAGAAAGGCCAAAACUUGGACCUUUCUUUGCACUUCCUGAGCAUGAUGAGUCAAGUGAAGAUCCAGCUGAACGAGGUCGCUUGUACAUCCGCCAUUGGUGCAUGCGCCCUGGAGGAGGGCUGGUGGCUGGCCACAUGUUUGCUGCGGAGCAUGGAGGCGCGGGCGCUGCGCGCAACCAUCGUGAGCUACGGGGCGGCGCUGAAAGCUUCGCGAUGGUGGCUGUCUGGAGCGUUGCUGCGGCACGCGCAGCGGAGGGAGCUGCAAUCCAACUGCGUGGCCUGGACUGCGGCGGCCGCCACCGCGGAGAAGGUGGGGCAGUGGCAGGUUGCGGAGGGCAUGUUGGGGCAUUCCCUCCUCAGCUCUGUGCAGCCGGACCUGGACUUUCGGACGGUGUGCGUGAGCGCUAUGGAGAAGCAGUGGGGCCGCGCGCUGAGCCACCUGGGCGAGCUGCGGGGCAGCGGACUGGAGCCAGACCUCGCAGCCCACAACUCAGUCCUCAGCGCUUGUGACAAGAGCGCGCAGUGGCCGAAGUCCAUUGACUUUCUGCAUUAUGCGCAGCACAGGGGCUUUGAACCUGACCACGUCUCCAGUGGCGCAGCGGUCAGCGGGUGUGCCAAAGGAUGGAAUUGGCGAUGCGCGGUGCGCUUGUUGACGUGGCUGCGAUGCAGGCUUCUGGAUACAGAAGAUUGCAUUUACAGCGCGGCAAUCAGUGCCUGCGAGGGAGCUCAGCAUGAGUUGACGCCGGACGCGGCCGGGCGGACAAAAUUGGCCUUGCGCGACGCUUGGUGGGGAACACUGGGCUGGGAGUGGCCGGUGCUGUGCGACCCGGACUGGGAGCUCGUGGAGGAAGAGGCGGCCAUGGCCUUCGACGAGUUCCCCGAGGAGAAGCUCUCCUGGGCUGCACGUGUCACCUGCGGACAGACCAAGGCCGCCGCACCCAAGAUGACGACGGCGGCUACACCCGAGAGGGCGGCACACCCGGCCGAAGCGCCGCAGGACGGGCACGAGUCGGGUGACGGGGCGGACGUGGACCCCAAGGAGCUGGCCCGAGAGACCCGCAGCCGCCACGUCGCGAAGGGGGGGCAGACCCUGCGGGGCAACGCCAAGGUCCAGUGGGUCACCGUGGUGGCACAGGAGGAGUCGGACACUUCUCACCUGCAGAUGCUGCGGCAGAUGCCCAUCCGCGAGCCCAAGGUUCAGCAAAAGCCGUUCAAGAAAGAGAAGAACUCGAAGGACCGGGACAAGGACAUGAUCCAGAACAAGAAGCAGACCAACCGCAUGGACAUCCGUGAGGGCCUCAAGCUAAUGGGCUUUGCCUGA